AUGUAGUUUACUUCUAGCAAGGAAAGUUAAUAUCUGUUUACUUUAUAUGAAAUGUGCCGAAGAAAUGUUAUAAAUUAAGCGUAAAAGGGAGAACUAAAAGAUUUGUUAAUUUAAGGUGACAGAAAAACCUAAGAAAUUUUGUAAAUAUAUCAGAAAAAUGCAAAUAAAUAAGAAUUAGAGAAAGGCAUCCUUGAUUUAUUGGGUAAGCUCUCCUAAGACAUUAUCUAGAUUAAUCUGAUGGAUCUUAUUCAAUUUACAGCAUUCCUUCUUAAUACAAAUCUAGAAGACCGAAACCUGUGCAAAUUAAAUCGCUUGAAAAAAAUUGGUAUUAAUUAAACAUAUUUAAGGGCAUGCAAAUCUUAAGAUUCUCUAAAUUAAAAACCAAUUAUGAAGGAAGAUUUGAAUAAACUAACCAGGGCAAUAAAAGAACGUUAUUCUUUCAACCAUCUCGAAAUAUAAUAUAGAUCAAAAAAUUAAGGCAAAAGAUUAUCUGAUAAUUUCUACAUAGAAUCAGUUAAAACAGGUCUUUGA